AUGAAAAUCACUUCAGUAGCAUUCCUCUCAUUGGGCUUGUCAGCAGCCACUGUCAUGGCAGCAGCAAUUGAGCCGCAAGCAAGCGUCAACGCUUCAAUUGAUGCCGUUGAAGAUAUGACUCCUUCACAAACAGUGGACGCUGUCAGAGAAGAUGUCGAUGUUGACCAACACCAUCCACCUCAUCAUCCACCUUACCAUCCACCUCAUCCUCCUCAUCCUCCUCAUCCAACUUAUCAUCCUCCUCAUCCAACCUAUCAUCCACCUCAUCCAACCUAUCAUCCUCCUCACCCAACCUAUCAUCCACCUCAUCCAACAACUUAUCAUCCUCCUCAUCCAACAACUUAUCAUCCUCCUCAUCCAACCUACCACCCACCUGACCAUCCACCUCCCCAUCAUCCGCCACCUGCUGAAAGGGAUGUAAAGGACGAAAACGAUGCUAAGGAUGUAGGCAACGAAGAUGCCAAGGAAGAUGCUGAGCCUGAUCAGCAUCACCCACCUUACCAUCCUCCUUAUCAUCCACCUCAUCAUCCACCUCAUCAUCCACCUCAUCAUCCACCUCAUCAUCCACCCCAUCACCCUCCUCAUCAUCCUCCUCAUCACCCACCUCAUUAUCCACCCCAUCAUCCACCUCAUCAUCCACCCCAUCACCCACCUCAUCACCCACCUCAUCAUCCACCCCACCAUCCUCCUCAUCAUCCACCUCAUCAUCCACCUCAAGAAGAUGAGCAAGACGACCAAUAG